UGUAACGAUAUACAUUGAGAUUGUGUUGAUCAUAUCCUGUCUAACUUUCACUACCGCCGCUAGCGACAGUACUCGGGGUAAAGACUUCUAUGUUGCAUUUUUCCCAGAAACGUAUGAUUCCUAUUUCGUGAUAAAUUACCACAAUUCAUUGUUAAUAUCAUCUGAUAGCGGUGGAGUGUGCAGCAUCAGCUAUGACAACGGCACGAGACACGAAACUACCCUUAAUCUACACCCCAAAACGGUAACGACACUGAACAUUCCCGAACUAUCACGGAUACAUGCUGGAAUUAAGAUCAUUAAUAAAGGGGUACAUGUAAAAUGUUCACAAGAUGCGUCACUUUACGGGGUGGACUAUUACCACACCGAUGGAGUAUUUACAGCUAUUCCAUUAGAAGCACUAAGCACAAAUUACAUAGUUCCUGGAAUCCGGAGCAAUUCCUUUUUGGGCAUAGUAGGAACAACAGCCAAUACCACUGUUCAUGUUUAUGUGAAAAGCACGUGCAGUUAUCUAUAUAACGGCAUAACAUACCAAACAGGAGAUGUUUUGGUGACACUUCUACAAGAAAACGAUGUCCUUCAAAUCACAGAUGAAGAUCAGUCCUCUGGUGACGGGUGUGAUCUAGGUGGAACUCGUGUAGUGGGCACAGCUAAGGUUUCUGUGUUUUCUGGGUCUGUAUAUUACCCUGGUGGUGCAUCCCAUUAUGUUCUACAAGUACCCCCUAUAAGCGCUUUCAGUAAACUUGCAAUAGCUCCCCGAAUCGAGACAACUUACGCCUGGAAAAAUAUUAUUCGAGUUAUUGCUGGGUACGAUAACACAACCUUAUUUAACCCUGCCCCAGUGCGACAUUUAGAUAAAGGGGAAUUUAUGGAGUUUAAUUACACUUUCACCGACGACCAUGUUAUUAUUAGUGACAAACCUGUUAUGGUAACACAGAUAUGUGUUUUCGGAGCCGGGAGUGGAUUCUUUACAUUUGUUCCCGGUCCAGAAUUUUACGGAAACGAUUAUUUUAUAAAAGGAAUAACAAGCUUUCUCCGCCAAGAAAAUCCAUACGUUACCAUUAUUUCUGAAACUAAAGAUAUCCAUAGUUUGUUGGUAGACGAUUUGUAUCCUGAUGCCAUUCAUUGGGUGAAUUUGACCAGUGCACCGUAUUCAGUUGGAGUUCUACCGAUAAAGGCGGGACAGCAGUUGCACAUUCUAAAUUCAAAGAGUCCGAUCUUUGUGCGAGAACAUGAAUAUAGCUCAGUUCACACACAUGGUUAUAUUGGUGGAUAUAGUUACCAAGCAAGCAAACAUUCUGUUGACGAAUCAUACAGCUUGAAAUGUUUAGCCAGUAGUUUCCUAAUCACAUUUGAUAUGUUGGUAUUGGGAGUCAGUACCAAUGAUAUAUGUAAUAUUUAUAUGGGUGUGGAGACAUGUACGGGAAUUCUGGAUGGUGAUAUUUUAAGGUUUAAUACAUCUUACUCUGACUGUCAUACCGGACACAAGAUAGAAAAUGAUACAGUUUUCUUUGAGAAUCAUAUAGUGUUUGCACCGCCAUCACCUGAUCACGUGAUACGUACAGUACAAUGGGAUUUCGAUGUUGUCUGUAGCAAGUCUGUUCACGACACAGAUUCCAUACUUGUUCACCCAAAGUACAAUUCGUCAAGUCACGUGACAGCCUCUGGACAGAUACAAGGAUCCCAUGUGAAGAUAGAUCUGUACCAAGAUGCUGGCUUCCGUCAUGUUCUUCAAGGAACGGAUCUAAAUAAUAUUCUGAUCGGGUCUACUGUCUUUGUUCAAGUUACAGCAACAGGCAAUUCCGACAUCGUUAUGGUGGUGAAUAACUGUUACGCCCACGUUGAUGGUGAUCAAAAACCCUCACACCAACUCAUAAAAAAUGGCUGUACUGUUGAUUUUGGAAGCAAGAUUUUAAUUACUAGAAACCAAGUGACGAGAUUCCAGUUUAAUAUGUUUGAUCUGCCCCAUGACCAGAACGGAUUUAUCAUCACUUGUGAUGUGACGUAUUGUGAUCCAAUGGUUUUUACUUCCAAAUGCCAACAAACGUGUCAUCAAUCACAGCCAGAUAUUAUCGGAUAAUAAGUUAUGGGAUACCAAUUCUUUAAUUCUUUUAAAGUACUCACUGAACUAUUUUACCAUUUUCCUCUAAUACGCCCCUCCGCCUAUCCAGAUGUUUUAUUAAUCUCAAACAGUGCACUUAAUGAAGUAAAGAAAAUGGCUACAUUAAACCCAUGCAUUUUAAAGAGAAAAUUGUUUAUACUAAAAAAAAAACCACACCGAUAUUUAUGAACUUUAAAACUGAAAAUGAUUUCAUUCUACAGCAAGUCCCUGAUAUCAAUUAAUGUUA